AUGCGCGAGUUGCUGCAGCAAAACGAGAAGAUAGUGUUGGCGCUACGAGACAUGAGUUUGAGCCCAGACGUCCUCGAAUCUCAAUUGGGUGACCACGAGCUGCGAGGGUUUUAUCAGAAGUUAAUUGACUUCUUACAGUCAAAGAAAAAAGACACAGGUGAUAGUGCGAGCUCUCCUAGCCACACGACAAAUGAUCAGCUCAGCGAUCUCUGGAUGAGCAAGUACUCGCUGCUGCUUCACUUGAAAAUGGCGCGUUGUGGAUGCGACUUGUGGAUGAAGCAAGAUGGGUAG